ACACAUCGCGAAACAGAACAAUUAGGUGUUCCGGUGGGUGGAGCUUCCUCUUCUCCUCGUCUAGAUCUCGCAGAACUGGUUUCUCGAUUCAAAUCAUUUCAACUUCCUUAAUCGCCCACAGCUGCGAAUCCACAAAUAAGAGCCAGUCCGAGCAUUCGUCCCCGUUUUAUUCGGACCGCGGAUCUAGGAGAAGAAAAGUAAGUUUUGAGCUCCGCGAGUUGGGGACUGAAAGGGAGGAGGACUGUUAGAUCCGACUCGUAGGACGAGGAAGAGUAUCUGGCCUGGGAAUCAUAUUUGAAAGAUGGCGCCGAGCACGAUCCGGAAGGCGAUUGGGGCGGUGAAGGACCAGACUAGUAUUGGGAUUGCGAAGGUGGCUAGCAAUUUGGCACCGGAGCUCGAGGUGGCGAUCGUGAAGGCGACGAGUCACGACGACGAUCCCGCAAGCGAGAAAUACGUGCGGGAGAUCUUGAGCUUGAUGUCUUUUUCUCGUGGCUAUGUUCAUGCCUGCGUUUCCGCGGUGUCCAAGCGCUUGGGGAAGACCCGGGACUGGAUUGUGGCGCUUAAAGCACUUAUGCUUGUGCACAGAUUGAUGAAUGAGGGACCCCCCUUUUUUCAAGAGGAGAUCUUAUAUGCCACGAGGAGGGGAACUAGGCUUCUCAACAUGUCCGAUUUUAGGGACGAGGCUCACUCUAGCUCCUGGGAUCAUUCGGCUUUCGUCAGGACCUAUGCUAUGUAUCUGGAUCAACGGCUCGAGUUGAUGCUGUACGACAGAAAAAGUGGAAGUGUUGGGGGUGGUAGUGGCGGGGGUAGCGGGGACGACAGAUUUGGUGGUAGAGAUAAUUUUAGGUCACCCCCACCGAGACCGUAUGAAAAUGAGUAUGGAUAUGGAGAUUUUCGGGGGGAAAGUGGAUAUGGAGGUGGGAUGCGACGGACUAGAUCCUUUGGGGAUAUGAGCGAAGCGGCGGGCCGAGAAGGCAGAGAGGAGAAAAAGGUCAAUACUCCGUUGAGGGACAUGAAGCCCGAGCGCCUUUUCGGCAAGAUGGCUCAUCUGCAGAGGUUGCUGGAUAGAUUCUUGGCUUGUAGGCCGACGGGAUUGGCGAAGAAUAGUAGGAUGAUUUUGAUUGCAUUGUAUCCUGUUGUCAGGGAGAGCUUUCAGCUGUAUGCUGAUAUUUGUGAGGUUUUGGCGGUUUUACUUGACAAAUUCUUUGAUAUGGAAUACCCGGACUGUGUUAAGGCAUUUGAUGCUUAUGCCAGUGCAGCAAAGCAGAUCGAUGAGCUUGUUGCCUUCUACAACUGGUGCAAGGAUACUGGUGUAGCAAGAUCGUCGGAGUACCCUGAAGUUCAGAAGAUUACUAGUAAGUUACUGGAGACACUGGAGGAAUUUGUGAGGGACAGGGCAAAGAGACCAAAGAGUCCAGAGAGGAAGGAGGAACCUGAACCUGUGGCUAAAGAAGAGGAGCCAGCGCCUGAUAUGAAUGAAAUAAAGGCAUUACCUCCUCCUGAGAAUCACACCCCGCCUCCUCCACCAGAGCCAGAACCUGAGCCACCAAAGCAACAUGUUACAGAGGACUUGGUGAAUCUGAGAGAUGAUGCUGUCACUGCAGAUGAUCAAGGCAAUAGAUUCGCUUUAGCACUCUUCAAUGGUGCACCAGCUAACAAUGCAAAUGGAUCAUGGGAAGCUUUCCCAUCAAACGGACAGCCAGAAGUGACUUCUGCUUGGCAAACCCCGGCUGCAGAACCUGGCAAGGCUGAUUGGGAAUUGGCAUUGGUUGAGACUGCUAGCAAUUUAUCUAAGCAGAAAACGGCCUUAGGUGGUGGGCUUGAUCCGUUAUUGUUGAAUGGCAUGUAUGAUCAAGGAACGGUGAGACAGCAUGUCAGCACGGCCCAACUGAGUGGGGGGAGUGCAAGCAGUGUUGCAUUGCCAGGACCAGGAAAGAGUACUACCCCUGUUUUAGCUCUCCCUGCCCCAGAUGGAUCUGUGCAGCCAGUUAAUCAGGAUCCAUUUGCUGCAUCAUUAACCAUCCCACCACCAUCAUAUGUGCAAAUGGCUGAUAUGGAGAAGAAACAGCAUUUUCUUGUACAUGAGCAGCAAAUUUGGCAGCAAUACGCGAGGGAAGGGAUGCAAGGUCAAAGUAGCUUGGCCAAAAUCAAUGGAACUGGAUAUUAUGCUGGGGCUCCUACGCCAGCGAUGCCUUAUGGAAUGCCUCCGGUCAAUGGAAUGGGACCUCCCACCGGGUAUUACUAUACGCCUUACUGAUCCUCCCCACAACUUCAUAGAUGACUCCGAUAAUUUGUUAUUGUGACUUGGUGAUUUGUUUUUUGAACGAUGUCAUAUUAUUCUUGUGAUUUGCACAUCAUAUGAUGAGGAUUUUGGGGAGACUGAGUUGGAGGGACAAAUUUCUUGACGUGGGCUUGAUGGAGGGAAAUGUGUAAUUCAAUUGUGAUGUCUCUGUGUUUUAUAAUUGUAGAAUUUUCUUCUCGGUUUUGUACUUAAUGCUUCUUGCUCUUCAGAGACAAACUUGGCUACUGUAAAUUUUACUUAACAGUUGCUGUUGAUUGAGUGGGAUGCCUAA